AUGAUGGAACGAAGUAUUGAUGUCACGGACUCCCGGUCACCAAGCCGUAUGCCGGAGUUGACAUUGACUCUAGAGCAAGUCGACCAACAAGGCGAAGCGAAACGGCGCAUGUUGAAAAGAGGGGCGACCACCGCGAGCAACGACGAGGCGGAGGGGAGAAGCGACUUCCGGGGGCGUAUGAUGGGGCGGCCCAUAGGCUCUCCAACUGCUUCUGAAAGACGAGGACCGCAGUACCAGGCGGCACCACCUUCCAGGAUCCAGUUACAACAGCCAGAGUCAUCAGACAUCGAACGUGAAGCGGCUGCCACCGCUCUCGGCCAGCUCGAAGCCGAGGAUUGCCGAUUAUGCAAAGAACAAGCCUCCGCUGCAUUCGCAGGGAAGUGCAUGUUGGUGGUCACGGCGGGCAUUCUUGAGACAAAGUCCGUACUUGAUUUACUACGCGUUCUCGGAAGAGUACAACCAAGGCCACUGUGA